UUUAUAUUAUUAACAAUAUGUCGUUUUAUUCAUAAUUGACUAAUGUUUUAACAGUGAUAAUUUCAAUAAUUGUGUAUGAAACAUAGUGCAAAUGAAGUGAAAAUUAAUUAUUUAAUGUUUAAUUAAUCAUUUUAUAAUGGUUCAAUUGAAUUUUAACAAUCAGGGAUGCCGUCCCGAGGUUGGGGUGCCAGACAUGACUGUCAUCUCGGAUAUUGAUGAACAAGGCAUCAAUAAAAAUCUUCGUGUGCGCUAUGAUCGAGAUCAAAUAUAUACGUAUACGGGAUCUAUAUUGGUGGCCGUUAACCCGUACAAAGAUAUUGAUAUUUAUUCAUCGGAGCAGGUGUUUAAAUAUCAUGGAGCCAAAUUGGGUGCACUUGAACCGCAUGUAUUUGCACUCGCAGAAGCUGCAUAUAGAUCAUUACAAGAUUCAGCAACUAAUCAAAGUUGUGUAAUAUCUGGUGAAAGUGGUGCUGGUAAAACAGAGACGACAAAAUUUAUUUUACAAUAUCUAUGUAGUGUUACAAGUAAUGUAUCUACAUGGGUCGAACAACAAAUUCUAGAAGCAAACACAAUUCUUGAAGCUUUCGGUAACGCAAAAACUGUUCGAAAUGAUAAUUCUAGUCGUUUUGGAAAAUUUAUGCAAGUAUGUUUUGAUAGUAAAUGGAUGAUUGCUGGUUGUAUAAUUCAAGAUUAUUUAUUAGAACAAUCUAGGAUAACAUUUCAAAGUCCUGGUGAAAGAAAUUAUCAUGUAUUUUAUCAAUUAGUUGAAGCAGGGAAGAAUAAUAAAGAGUUAGCGGAACAAUUACAUUUAAAAGAUGCACAUUUUUAUAAAUACUUAAAUCAAUCUGGUUGUGUAAAAAUUGAAGGUGUAAGUGAUGGCCGAAAAUUAGAUUCAUUACGUUUAGCAUUUAACGUAUUACAAGUACCACCCGAAAUGUCUGAGGGUAUUUUUAAAGUAUUAGCUGCCAUUUUAUGGCUUGGUAACUUAGAAUUUGAGGAUAUUGACGGCGAAAGGUGUCAAUUAUCUGACAGUGCAUGUGAUGGCGAAACUUUAGAAUGUGUAGCUGAUUUAUUAGGUUUGUCACUGGACGAUAUGCGGCAAGUUGUACUUCUUAGACAAAUUAAUGUACGAGGCAAUAUUACCGAAAUUCCAUUGAAACUUCAAGAAGCUAGAGAAAAUCGACAUGCUAUGGCAAAAGCGUUAUAUUCACGAACAUUUGCCUGGUUAAUUAAUCACAUAAAUACGUGUACAAAUCCUGGACAAGACUCGUCACGUUUCUUAGGUGUUUUAGAUAUAUUUGGUUUUGAAAAUUUUGCUGUAAAUUCAUUUGAACAAUUAUGUAUAAAUUAUACAAAUGAGAAAUUACAUAAAUUUUUUAAUCAUUACGUUUUUGCUUUGGAACAAGAAAUUUAUCAACAAGAAGAAAUUCAAUUUUCUCACAUCAAAUUCACUGACAACACACAAUGUUUAGAAUUGAUCGAAAAACCACCACGAUGUAUUUUAAAGUUAUUGACGGAACAAUGUCAUAUGCCAAAAGGUUCAGAUCUAGCGUAUUUAACAAACUUACAUGGUGAAUUUGAAAAUCAUGAAAGUUAUAUCAAAGGUGAUGAUCGUCGAAAAUGGGAAAAGGAAUUUGGUAUACAACAUUAUGCUGGUUGUGUUACAUAUAAUGUACAAGGUUUUGUUGAUAAAAAUCGUGAUGUACAGCAAGAUGUCUUCUUUGAUCAUAUGAGCCGUUCAACUAAUGAAUUUGUGCAAGAGUUGACUGUUUUUCAGGAUUUAUUAACAUCAAACAUAAAAAUGCCAAACUCAAAUGGUGCCGCAACUGUAUCACGUGGUACCAGUAAAGGAAAACCAACAGUAAGCGAUAGUUUUCGUCAACAAUUACAAGCUCUUGUUGAUGUAUUACAAUCCACAAACCCGUGGUAUGUGCGUUGCAUCAAGCCAAACAACAAAAAAUUGCCAAAUAAUUACAACGAAAGCAUGGUCUUAGAUCAAUUAAAAUAUUUAGGAAUGUUAGAUAUAAUUCGUAUACGUAAAGAAGGAUAUCCAAUACAUAUGACAUACGAAGAAUUUACAGCACGUUAUCAUUGUUUAUCAAAAGUACAUUUACCUAAAGAUUCGCGAGAAGCUGUUCGAACAAUAAUUCGAACACAUAACGUACCAGAAACCGAAUGGCAAAUUGGUAAAAGUAAAAUAUUUUUACGACGAUUUGUGCAUGAACCGCUAGAAGAUAGUCGAAAUCAGCUUGUAACAUCACGUGCAAUAUUAAUACAAAAAAUAUGGCGUGGAUAUGUGCAACGUAAAGCAUACCUACGCAUCCGUGAUGCUGCGCUUAAGGUCCAACAUGCGUAUCGUGGUUGGAAAUCAAGAAUAUUAUUUAUACGUAAACGUCGUGCCGCAAUUGUAAUUCAAUCGCAUUUACGUGGUGUGUUCGCGCGUGAAGUUGCUGCUGCCUUACGUGAAAUGCGACGUGUGGAAGAAGAGAUGCGUAAACGUGAAAAAUUAGAAUUGGAACGUAAACAACGUGAAGCGGAAAUCAGUGCAAAACAAGCUGAGGAGGCACAAAAAACAUUAGAAGAAAGUGAACGCAAACAACAUUAUAAGAAUAUUGUUGAGAUGGAAUCAAGGGCUGCACAAGAAGAAAUUGCAACAUUGUCACAGAUGGCAGAACAUUUGAAUCAAAGUAAAUACGCCCAGAACAAUGCUGAACCAAAUACUGGAGGUAUUGCAGAAUCUGUUGAUUUAGAUAAUUUAUUCGCAUUUUUAUCGGAUGUACAACCGCAAAGAAAUGCUAUAAUCGAUGAAAUUGGUGAAAAAAUGGAUGAAUUAGUUGAAGAUUUAGAUGUUGAACUAGAAACUGUUAUUCAACAAGAAUUAGAAGGACUAAAUAUGAGUCGCUCAUCUGUACCCCCAUGCACUUUACCUUUACAACAUACAGGACCGUCUAAAGGUUUAGGUAUGCCAACACUUCCAGAACCAACAGAGCCGCCACCUCCUCCUCCCACAACUGCGGUACAGCCACAAUCACAGCAGCCCCCACCACCGCCACCACCCCAGGAUAUUGAACCACCGCCCAUAGCAACACCCACACAAAAAGGUUCUUCAGAACCAAUAUAUGAAUCAGUUCUUCCACGUGAUGAAGGUGUUGAAAAUGACGGAUGUAUAUCACCGCCUCCUUUACCUGCACCACCAAUUAAAUUUCGAUCGAAAAGUCCUGGUAUUGAACGUGUGGUACAAAGAAAUGGACCAACUGAAAUUAAUCAACGUUCUAGAUCUCCUAAUUCACCACGACCUAGUCGACCCAAUUCAAGAGGAUCUGCCAAUGGCUUAUUAAACCAAUCACAACCACAACAAUGGCGUCAUAACAAUGGUGUUCAAGCGACACAAACGACAAAUGAGCAUUUACAUGAUCCUGAACGAGAACAACGACGUAAAUUCCGUGUCGAAAAGAAACUACAAGAAAUGGAAGAAAUUCAACAAGAAAAAGAUACGCAUACGGAAGAAUUGCAUCAUGAUAUUGUUGAAUUUGCACAAAACUAUUUCAAUACUCAUGAAAAAUCACCAGAAGGUACAAUAAUUGCAACAUUAACCCGUAAAUCACGAGGCAAAAGUUUAGAAGUGAUACCAAAAUAUGAAAUGGUUACCUAUUAUAAAGGAAAUUCAAUACCAAAUUCACAUAUCCACAUGUAUGAUCCUGAUAAUGUAAACGUAGCCUGUACUGUAUUUAAGGAUUUAUGCAAAUAUUUACGUGGCGAAUUAAACGUAGAUCGUGAAUUGAGUGUAAUUCAAAGUAUAAUUGGCUACGGUAUCGAGCGUGAAGAAUUACGUGAUGAAAUAUUAGUGCAAUGUAUGCGUCAAGCAACAAAUAAUCCAAAUCCAGAAUGGUGUGAACGAGUAUGGCUGUUAUUAUGUUUGUGUAUCGUGGCAUUUCAACCAAGUAAACUACUUUAUAAAUAUUUUGUAUCAUUCCUAAAGAAAAACUUACAAUUGGAAGGAAAAUUACGACAAUAUGUACAAUGGUGUUUGGAUAAUUGUAAAAAUACAAAAGUAUCGUGUCGUGAAUAUCCACCAUCAUCUGUCGAAGUUGCAGCGAUGCGUCGUUUGGGAACAAUUGUAUGUCGAUUCUUCUUUUUGGAUGGACGAACCAAAGCAAUUGACGUACAUCCAACGGAUACUGCUGGUGAUGCAACUGUAAAGUUAUCUGAACGUUUGGGUUUACGAUCCACUGAAGGAUGGGCUAUCUAUCAAAGUCGACCCGAUGGUGAAGAGCAUGUCAGAGCUCAUCAUUAUUUGUACGACGUUAUUGCUGAAUGGGAAAUCAAACAAAAUAAAAUCGUUGCAGCAACUUCAAAUUUUACAACAUUAUCACGUUCGAAUCGAAGUAGUACAACGUUAGGUAGUGGAGAAAAUCGUUUUAUUUUCAAACGACGAUUAUUUAAAUCGACUCGUGAACUAUCACAAGAUCCUGUUGAAGUGAAUAUGCUCUAUGCACAAGCAGUUUAUAAUGUUGUUAAGUGUGAUGCGUUUCCUGUUACGGAAAAAGUGGCAUUACAAUUGGCUGGUCUUCAAGCGCAAGUUGCAUUGGGUGAUCCAAAAGAUAAUAGCAAACUCGAAUAUUAUACAGAUCUUGAUACUUAUUUACCGUAUAGAAUUAGUCGAGCUCGUGGUGAUGAUGUCUGGGUGCCAAUAAUAGCCCAAGCACAUCGUCAAUAUGGUGCAGGUCGAUCUGAACUUCAAGCCAAAGCAUUAUACUUAUCAUGUGUGAUGCAAUAUCCAUUGUAUGGAACAACAAUGUUCCCAGUUACAUAUCGUGGUUAUUGGUCAUAUGGUAACGCAUUAAUUCUUGGUGUAAAUUGUGAAGGUUUAAUGUUAAUUAAGCCCGAUGAUAAAUUUGUGUUAUACGAAUAUCGUUACCAUGAAGUUGAAUCAAUUUUAAUUGAUCCUAGUGAUAGUUUUAUAACAAUCAGUUUAUUACGUCACACUCAAGACAGCAGUCAUAAAUGUUUCGUAUUUGAAACUCAACAAAAGAAUGAAAUUGGUUCAUUAAUCGUUAGUUAUUAUCCAACAUUAGCAUCUUGGUUAAAUGAAAGCGAACAACCGAUUAAGAAGUUUAAGAGUAUAACGAAUGAGGAUCGUAUCCGUUUGUAUCAUAAUUUAGUUAAUUGUAGGCGAACAUUAGUCGAUAGUGAUAUGUUAAGGAAACCUCAAGACAUGUCUGGUGGAUUUUUACGAAACACUUUACGUCGUUUAAGUAAACAUCGUUUAGAAAAAUUACGUCAAGAACAUGGAAAUGCAACAGAUCAUGGUGAAACGUACAAAGGCUUCCCUUAUGCCUUUUGGGCAUUCAGUCGACAGCCAAUACCACAAAGUAUUACACGUAUGCCAGAAGUGGACGAACAAGUUGCAUUACAAGUAUUCCAAAUUGUUUUAACUUAUUCAGGAUUAGGUCAAAAUGGUGAAACUAUUCGGCGAGCUGAAGAUGAACACGUGAAUUUAAUUCAAACAAUUAUGGAACGUGUUAUGCGUAAAGAAAAUUUACUGUGUGAAUUUUAUAUGCAAUUAAUUAAACAAACUACUGAUCAUCCGGAUCCUAAUUCGAGAGUUAAUUUACGACAUUGGGCAUUACUAUCGUUAGCAUGCUCUGUAAUUCUUCCACCAAAUAAAGUUAUACGUAAAUAUUUGAUGUCACACUUGAAACGAUGUUCUAGUGAUUAUGUUACUGAAGAAGGAAAAUUUGCACGGUUUGCUGAAAAAUGUUUACUGAAAACGCAAGGUACACGUCGCCGCCAGUGGCCACCGUCUCGUGAAGAAAUUACAUGUACAAUAAAUCGUCGUCCAAUUUAUGCACGCUUCCAUUUUAUGGAUGGGCAAUAUCACUCAGUUGAAUUUCAUCCAUCAGCAACGGCACGUGAUGUUAUGGAAAUUGUUAAAAAUAAAAUUGGUCUUCCAGAAACAGCCAUGGGUUACGCAAUAUACGAAGUAUUAGGGUCAUCUGAACGUAGUCUUUUACCGGACGAAAAAAUUUCUGAUGUUAUGUCAAAAUGGGAACGUUAUCGUACUGCACAAAAUAAUUCAAAUGCACAGCAACAACAACAGAUGCCACAAAAUGGUACCCAAACGUUGACAAAAACACGAAGACAACAUCAUUUGUUCCUAUUUAAAAAACAUUUGUUCCUUGAUCAAUAUAUUAAUUUAAAUGAUCCUGUUGAAAAAGAGUUGUUAUAUCAUCAAGUUCUACAUGAUCUACGAAGUGAUCGGUUUCCUAUUACUGAAAAGGAAGCAAUGAUGUUAACAGCACUACAAGCACAGUUAGAAUUAGGUGAUAUGGGUGAUAUAUUACAUGACUAUCGUCCAAUAGCAAGUCAUUGUUUGGCGCCAAGAUUUGUUCCAAAUAUUCCAUCAGAAGGUGUUGCAAUGCAUCAUCAAUCAUUACGAGGCAUGACGUCAACUGAAGCGAAAAAAGCCUUCCUAAAUCUAAUUCAAAGUUGGCCAUUACAUAGAGCAACCAUUUUUGAUGUUAUGCAAUCUUUUACAUCGAAUUGGCCGCGAGUCCUGUGGUUGGCUGUCGAUCAAGUGGGAUUACAUCUCUUGGAGCAUCGAUCAAGGAAUGCAUUAUGCACGUACGAGUAUUCAAGUAUUAUGUCCUAUUCACCGGCGCUUAACUGUUUGAUGAUCAUCACGGGCACGGAUAAGAAACAGAGUAAAGUGAUUUUAACAACAUCACAGGCAUUCCAAAUAGCAACAUUGAUCCGCGAAUAUACCGAAGUAAUACAGUCUGAAUUGAUGUCAGCAAGUAUGACCGCUAGCAUGACUUCAUCAAUGGGUCCAAUAUCACCACAAACAACAACACCAAUACCAAUGAAUCAAUCACAUACCGGUACAUUAGAAUUACGUCGACGUGAUCGAAGUACAUCACGUAGUCGACCAGUUAGUAUUCUACAUAAACCAGCACCUUUAAUCGAACCACAACCGAGUUAGAAUAAUUAAUUUUUUAAACAAAAUACGAUUGAAAAUUCGGCCAAAGACAAAGAAAAUGUAUUUAUUUAAUUAAAUAAGUCU